ACUCAAUCGUACUACAAUUUGACUGCACACUUUAUACUUGCAAGAACAGAGAUUCAAGAGUUCAAGAUGAUGGUUGGAAAGCUCCAGUCUUGUGGCUUCUUUUGGCCAGCUCUUUGGAUCAUGGCCCUCUCUUUAUCUGGAACAGCUGGGGACAGUGAGGCAUAUGGACUCCCUGGGCCCCCUGGGCCCCCUGGACCACCUGGUCCACCUGGACUGCCUGGCCUCCCUGGCCCCGCUGGCCCCCCUGGCCCCGCUGGCCCACCUGGCCCAUCAGGUUUUCCUGGUGUGGCAGGAGCCAGAGGAAUCCCAGGACUCCCAGGUUCCCCUGGAGUACGUGCCCCCCAAAACACAUCAGUGUUUGCUGCAGAACUGGGCAAAAAUCAUCCAGAACCCAACCAGCCCAUCGUGUUCCACAAGAUCCUGCACAAUGAUCAGCAACACUUUGACGAGGUUUCAGGAACCUUCACCUGCCAAAUCCCAGGAGUCUAUUACUUUUCCUACAACCUGACAUCAGAAAUAGAAUCUGAGACAAUGUACAUGCGAAGCGGCUGCUCUGUCAUUGAGCAAUAG